GAAACGAAAAACAAAACGAGUGCAUCUUCCGUCAAAAAGUUGCCAGGUUCAUCGGUUUGCUAUAAAAAGUAACGACUGUAUUGUGUCACAUUUCGUGGGCAGAUGCACUCGUUCCGUUUUUUCGUUUCGUUUUUCAUUUCGUGUGACGAGGCCCUCACACAUCCAACAUCCUUCGCGGAAGUGCGGAUCUGUAYGUCGUAGUUUCUUUGCUCGUCCUCCUCUUCGGACGCCCUCACACGAACACACAUGGUUUGUCGACGAAGACACACACACACACACACACACACACACACACACACACACACACACACACACACACUCACACGCACAGGCACACACACACACACACACACACACACACACACACACACACACUGCUGUGGGAGUGCAGGGUGGGUCGAAGGAGACAUGGCUGGUUCCAGUGACCGUUCCGGGCUGCAGUGCAUUAGUGACUGGGGAUUCACCCCCGAUUCUGAAGUCCAGGAAUCGGACGGUAUGCAGAUCCCCUCCUUGCAGGUUGACCUAGCUUUUGGGGGGAGGCGAAUCACCGCUGAUGACGGUGACGAGGACCAACUGCGAGAGCGACUCCGCCUUCGUGCGAUGGAUAUGGCUGGUGAGCAAGGUUUCUACAGUCCUCUGACGUCUAGUCAGCACCCCUCCCCUCCACGGUUCACAUUUGCACCUAAUUAUUCUUAUCGUUGUGCAGAUCUGCCAGACACGCUUGAGGCCCAAAGAACUGUCGUGGACUGCCCUCUCACCCCCCUGCACAGCACUUCAUCUGCCCCUGCUGCCACUGGCUCACCAUCGGUAGCUUGCCAUUCCACUCCAGCAUCGGUGCGCAAGGGUGUCACGGGCAUCUCUCCAUCACUGCAGCAGGAGACUGGCAAGCCUUCCACGUCUCCAUGUGUGCGCAAUCUGCAGUAUGGCAGCCCCGACAUUGAUGUGCGGUGCCAGCCAGAACCUGCAGGGGAGGCAUCUCUACACAAUCGAACUUUUCUUCAAUGUCUCAUCCAUGCUGUGGAGGAUGGUGAUUUCGACUCGCAGGAAAUAUUCGUUCAAGGCCUUGACCAGCAGCACGGCAACAGUGGAUCCACGCCACCUGCAGUACGUGGGAUGCCUGACGAGGGAGGAAUGCCUUGCGGGGUUGACAUUCGUCAUGUGGAUGAGACGAGCACAAGGCAUGAUGCCCUUUGUUCCAAGCUGGGCAAUGCUUCUGGUGGAUCGACAUCGAUCUCGGUCGGUAAAGCAGUGGCUAAAGCUGCUGCACCUGCAGUGGCUGAAGCUGCUGCACCUGCAGUGGCUGAAGCUGUUGCACCUGCCGCUGCAAGUGGAUCGGUUGAUGGUGGCAAAAAGAAAAAGGUUUCCAAUCGAUGGGGGGAGAUGGAGACGACAAUGCUACUUAGGCGUGUGUACGAAGUGAAAACAAAUAUAGGAGAGAACUCCGAAGCCAUGGGGAUCGCUCCCUUGAAGCAGCGUUUGUGGCGGGACGUGAGUGAGAGAAUGAAAGAGGCACAGUACAAUCGAGAGGACGAAGACUGCAAGAAUCGGUUUCACUACGUCCGCAACAACUACAGGCUUAUUAAAGAUCACAAUCGGUGGUCGGACAACCAGAAGUACUGGUCCAUGGAUCAGGCGACACGCAAAGCAAAUAGCUUGGACUUCAUGAUGCGCAGGGAUUGGUAUGAUAUUAUUAAUGUGCAUGAGGUAGACAAGGACACCAUUAAUCCAAACAGUCUGACAGGCCCCGGCGCCGGCGAGCAUAACGUGGACAACGUACAUGACAGUGAUGUGGAGGUUGGUGAUGAUGAUGCUGAGGAGGAGGAAGCAGUGGAGGAUGGAUGGGCUAUAGGGGGGGGGUCUCACACUGGUGGAUCUGGAGGGGGGGCUGAACCUCCCUUAUAUGACUGUGCGGGAGGAGGGGGGGGGACUUCCGUGCCUGGUCAAGCAGGUGCGUCGACAUCAGCGUCUGGAGGGUCGACGUCGUCCGCAACCGUGACUGAAACUUUAGGCAGGCGGAAGAGGUGUCAACAGAAUGCACGUGAGCUAGCUAUGCGUGCCGUGACAGGGGCUAUGCGUGAUCACACAUCGGCACAGAYGAGAUCCGACAUCACGCACCACCAGAUAUUGCGUGAGCAGCUGACUAUACAAGAUAGAGCGGCGAAGCUGACAUGCGAAGUGAUGCGUGAGGAUAUUGCUUCUCUGCCAUGCCAGAUCCCGCUGAUCACGAGCCUCCUGGAUGGCAAUGAUAGCAUCUUGCAGCUGCGUCUCCAAAUAAUGAUGCUGCUCAAAUUCAUGAAUUUCAAGAAAAAAAGAUAAACCCAGAUGAUCGAGAGGCCCUUGAGCCAAUAGUAAAGGAUAUUCAAACAU